UGCUGCUGGCGGUGUGGGCAGUGCAAACACCCACAUCUCCACCCUAAUGCACCAUGUCGGCCCUGAAGAGAGCAACCUCCAAGAAGGCGGAAGAGAAAAGCAGCAGCGGCCUAUUCAAGGAUCCAGGCCGCCUGAGUGUGAGAAAGAACAAGUCCAAGCAAGCGACUUGGUGGAAGUGGUUAAUAAUUCUGACAUCUACCACGUUUACUGCUUUUUGUGUGGUUUUGCUUUGGGAUUAUCUGCACGAGGAUGAUUUUAAAGAAGUGCUUGCUCGCCAGGCUGAUGUUUUGGAUAGAAUAUUUUUUGAGAUACCAUGCUCCAAAGAUUAUGAAAACUACAAGCGAUUUGCAGCUUGUACUCCGACAAAAUGCGGGAGGGCAGUGACGGAUACAGUGGUGAAUCGAGAAGAGGCAGAGAAGAUGUUACGUAUAGCAAAGAAAGGGCUGUCCUUGGGAGGAUCAGAUGGCGGGGCCUCCAUUCUCGAUUUGCACUCUGGAGCACUAUCAAUGGGGAAACAAUUUGUUAAUAUCUAUAGGUACUUUGGAGAGCAAAUAAAGGAUAUAUUUGAUAAAGAGGACUUCGCACUCUACAGUGAUGUGCGAGGGCGUAUUCAGCAAGUAAUAGCUGAAUCAUUCGGGAUUAAUCCAACUCGUCUGCACCUCACAAAGCCCACCUUUUUCUCAAGGAUGAACAAUACUGAAGCCAAGACAAUGCAUGAUGAGUAUUGGCAUCCUCACAUUGAUAAGGUGACAUAUGGAUCAUUUGACUACACUUCACUACUGUACCUCUCUGACUACAGGACUGACUUUGGUGGUGGACGAUUUGUGUUCGUUGAUGAACUUGCCAACCGAACUGUGGAGCCUCGGCUAGGUCGCGUUUCUUUCUUCACAUCUGGUUCAGAAAAUCUUCAUUACGUGGAAAAGGUAGAGUGGGGUACAAGAUAUGCCAUCACAGUGUCAUUCAGUUGUGACCCUGCCCAUGCCAUUGAAGAUCCUUCUUUAUCAUAGACUGAUUGGGGCCUUGAAGAACAACUCCUAGAAAUAAACUGCCAAAAACAAAAACAAGUAAAUCAGUUAUACACUCAAAAAUAUUGAUUUUUAAGUUAGAUUGAAAACCAAAUAUGGAGGAAGUAUUACACUAUUGAAAAUUGGCUUGGAUCCAUGGUCAUAGAGCUUUAACUGUGUUCCUGAACUAGUUUCUAUUUAAAGUUUUUUUUUUAUUAAUGUUAUAAUGCUGAGUGUCACUGUCAAAUUAUAUAAACACCAAAUGUCUUUAUGCAAUUAUGAUAUGACAGCGAAACAUGACAUUUAACAUUGCUGUUCAAUUGAUAUUCAUGAGUUUGUUGAAAGUGUUAACUGGCUGAGUAUUAUCUGGUAAUAUAUUGCUGUUAGAACCACAUUUUGGACUUCUAUUAAGCUAUUUCAAUUCUUUAAUCAGAGUAUCAGGUAUUUGCUUUUUCAAAUUAAGUGUGGUCACCUUUCAGAUGUUUAUUCAUUAAAAAUGACAUCAGGUUGUCAUUCCAAAUCUAUUGUGAAGCCUUCAGGUCAGGAUCAGUUCCUGCAACAAGUGCCAUAUUUGACCUCUGUCAGUGUUUGUGCCAGAGUAGAUUUGCUGAAUGAAUCUGAGAAUAAUUAAUGAGUGUUUAGUGUCUAAUGUUUGACGCUCUACUUAAUUAAUUCAAGUUUUCCUAUAUGAAACAAACCCAUGUUAAAUAAAUCUUUUCAAACAGUCCUGCCAACAGCCUGAGCAAUUAUGUUCUUUAUUGAAAAGUAUUUAACUCUCCAUUUACCACAUGAUAAUAAAUAGGUAGUGGCCCCUUCAUACUGUUCUCUUUCCCUAAUUCUGUCUAUACAAGACUAACAUCAGAAUAAUCUAUCCAGGCAGUUACAUAGUUUCUAUAUUUAAGAAUGACAGCAGCAGUGUAGUUGCUGUCUCUUUGAGUUUGGCAUUAAAUUUUUAAAAACUCAUUCAUGGGAUGUGGACAUCGCUGCCUAGGCCAACAUUUAUAGACAGUCCCUAGUUGCCAAUGAAAAGUUGGUGGUUAGUUGCCUUCUUGAGCUGCUGCUUAAGGUAGAACCACAAUGCUGUAAGGGAGCAAAUCAAGUCAGGAUGGUAAGUGGCGGGGAGGGGAAUUUGCAAAUGGUGGCGUUCCCAUGGAUCUGAUGUCCUUAUCCUUCUAGAUGGAAGUAGUUGUGGGUUUGGAAGCUGCUGUCUAAGGAGCCUUGGUGAAUUUCUGCAGUGCACAUUGCUGUGACUGAGUGUUGGUGGUGGAAGAAGUGGAUGUGAGGCCAGUCAACAGACUGUUUUGUCCUGGAUGGUGUCAAACUACUUGUGUGUUUUUGGAGCUGCACCCAUCCAGGUAAAUGAGUAUUCCAUCACAUUCCUGACUUGUGCUUUGUAGAUGGAGGAUAGACAGAAGUGAUAUUCAUUUCAAGGAAAGGAACAAUUCCACUUUGGUGCCCAAGCAUUUCUAGCUCAGAUAACUCUGGAACAGAAUUUCUUCAAUGUGACAUCCAAAGCACACCUGUUGGAUAAGUUAAUAAUCUACACUUCCAUGACAAGUUCAACCUAUGGAGAAUAAUUUGUAGUUACAUGAGAGUAAGGGGCUGGACUCUAGUCUACUAAGACCCAGGUAGAAGCUGACUUAUUAAUUUCAUAUCAGAUAUUUUAAAGCACCAGAAAAGAUUUUCAUCUGAAAUUUAGCAAAGUAAGAAAUGCCCUCCUUAAAAUCUUUAAAGAUAUUAAUACCUUGAUCAUCAACAACUCCAUUGGAUACACAAUGGCAUUUGAAGAGCUUUUAACUCCUAACCUACUGGUUUCAUCUGUUGCUAAAAUGCCCCAGUUACCCGACAUCCACACAUAUUGAAUGUUUUAACCAACUGAAUUAAUUUGGCAUCCAACCUUUUUACAUGUGGUUAUAUAUUGGUACCAUUUUUUAAAUUUGAUACAUUUUUGCAUCUGUCCUGAUGAGUGCAAAAUGAAAUGCUUUUGAUGAUAGACCUCUUUCUUUUGAUGAUAUUCAUUGAACUCUUUAUUCAGAGAUUCUUUCAUGCCGAACUUGAAGUAUUAAACAUCACUUAUUCUAAAUACAUUUGUGUUGAAUUCAACCAAACAUUAGGCAGGUAAGAAAAUUUCAAUUUCCUCGAUUGUAUUUUCUUCGAAGAGAAAAUUUAUUCAAGAAAUUAGGUUUGUUGAUUCUGAAUAUUUAGCUUCAAUUUCACUACUUUGAUUUGAGUUCAAAUCAAGCAUCAGGUUUAAAAGAUUAAUUUAUUUGCUUAGUUUUGUAAUUAUUACUUUGAGUAGUCAUGGAAAGACUCCAGCAGUUAGAAAACACUUAAUAGCAAGAAAAUAUAGCUCCUCAAAAUACUUUCUCUUUUUAGUGUAAACUCUCAGUUAUUUGUGAAAAAAAGUAAAAUAAGAAUUUCGAGAAGCCACCUUGUCUAGUUAAAUGGAAAUAUAUCCAGGAUUGAUUCCAGAAUCAAGAUGGGUUACCAUUUAAAACUGAAAACAAACAUAACAAAUGUUUUAAUUGGUUGUAAGAAUUUAACUUUUAACAGUUGUAAAAAGCAGAUUAAGUAAUUAUUUAUAAAAGUGAGAUGUCAUGGAAACCAAAUGUUUUUGCAAUAUAUGUGAUAGUUUAUUAAACACAUACAGUAAUCUAAACUUCAUUUCUUCCCACUGGCAGCAUAAAUAGUUGUUACCCUGUCAAAAAUGUAACUGCUUAGUAGAAACACUGAAAAAUUCAGCAACAUGCAAAUACUUAGUGAAGCACAAUUAUUUGAGAUGAAAAUGAACCAGCACACAAGUGUUCUAAAACAAAAAUACUGUGCUAUUUUCAGUGUUAGUAUGACUUACUCACUAUCCUUAAAUUGGGGCUAGCUAAAAUCUCUAUAGAUUCCUAAAAUGAAAAUGAUAACCAAGAUCAUCUCCAGAGUUUGAUAAACAGCACAGUAAGGAUAAAAUUAUGCAUUGGAUAAGGAAAUGAAAUCUGUCUUCAAAUGAAGAUACAUUUCAAGACUCAAUAAAGAUUCAUCGCCAGAGCCAGCAAACAACUAACAAUCAAACUACCUUCUCUACAAGUGGUACAAUAGAUCUUUCUGAUGGUUGACUAAAUUACAAAUGUAAGGAAGUCCUGCUGCAAAUAUGGGUAUCUGGGUUAAAAGUAAGAAAAUAUAGUAGAAGGUAAGUCGUGAUUCUACUGAGUGGCAGAGAGGGAUUCACUGACCGAUCUCAUCUUCUAUUUUGUGCAUUCAGCUGUCAGUUAAAUACUGGGAUCACCAAACAACUUUUAUGGACUGCCAAUUCUCAGAAUAGUCGGGGCCCAAUUAUUCUCAAACAUCAGCCUAGACUGGGCCGUCCUAUAGUGGAAUAAUAAUAGGAAUGUUCCUAGGCUUUAAAGUAUAAGUUGCCUUUGGAAAAGGUUUAGUGGUUUUUAGUCAUUUGUUAUAGUACAAGUUUUCAAAUACAUUCUCAAAUAUGAAAGCAGCAUGUGCGUAUGUAGCAAGACCUGUGAAACAUUGGCUUGAACUGAUAAAUAACAUGUAACAAUCAGGUCACACAAGUGCCAGACAAAGACAGUCUCCAAAAGGGAGAAUGUAACCAUGACCUGUGACCUGUGGCAUUAUUAUCAAUGAAUCUCCCACUAUCAAUGUUCUGGGUGCUUCCAUUGACAUGUCAUUAAAUUGAACCAGCCAAAUAAAUAUUCUGGCUACAAGAGCAGGUCUGAGGCUAGAAACUUUCCAAAGCUUCUUCAACAUCUAUAAAUCCCAAAUCAGUAGUGUUUUGGAAUGCUGUCCACUUAAUUGGAUGUGUGGUUCCAACAAUACUUGAGAAGCUCAACACCAAGCAGACAAAGCAACUCACUUGACCAGAACCUCGCCCACAUCUUCAAUAUUUACUCUUUUCACCACUGACACACAUCAGUAGCAGCAGUUUGUAGCAUAGUAUAUAUAAUAAAUUACUUUAACAGUACCUUCCAAACCCACAGUCACCACACGUAGAAGGACAAGUGCAGCAGAUAAAUGGGAUUACCACUACCUGCAGGAACCCCUCAGGCUGUACUCUGACUCAGAAAUAUUGGAAUUUAUUUCCUAAGAGCACUGUGGGUGUACCUACACCAGAUGACCUGAAGUAGUUUCUGGAGGUAGCUCACCACUGCUUUUUCAAGGGCAUUAAGGAUGGGCAACAUAUGCUGACAUUA